AUGGCGAUCCACUCGCUCAGUCGUCCGGCCUCACCCCAGCUGCCGACCUUCACUACCCCGCCCCGCUCCGGCGCCUCGACUCCGAACCGCUUCGGCGGCAGCUCCCCCCCACUCGGCGCCGUCGCCGAGAAGAUCGCGCUCUCGUACGCGAACGUACAAAACUACCGUCCACCACCGAGGAUAUCGAGACUGUUCACCCCCGUGCGCAUACCGCUCGGCAGUAGAGCACCGCCCGCGUUCGGCUCAGCCUCCCCCGGCUCACCGCGAGAACUCGUCAUCCCCGUCUUCACCUUGCUUCACCCUUCGAGACCGUGGCCAUUCCUCCGAACGGGGGCCUCCUCGUCCUCGGGCUAUCUGAGUUUGACCAAGAGGAGGACAAACAGUGACAUCGGCGCCGUAGGACCGAACGGAACGACCUCAUCGGUCGCGACGACACCAACCUCGGCACUCAGGAUCAUCAUCGCCAUUCUGGGCACCGCCUUGGCGUGCUUCCUGCUCCUACUCCUAGGGUUCAAAUGGAUGGUCCGACCACUUGCGCGAAUCUUCUUUCACAAGGAAUCGUACGCAUCGAGCGAACCGUCGACUCUGGUCUUUGAUUCGGACGAAAUCGAACGUGUGUGGAGAUGGGAGAUUGCGAGUGGGAACUACCCGUCGUCGCGACCCGUCGAUGGGCCGUUGGGGCAAGUCGAGGUGCCUUCUAGGAGUGGGGAGGAGGUCGAACCGGUGCGACCGAUCAAGAUCGAGAACCCCGGAUUGGCACGCAAAACAUCGGAACAGCUGAGGAAGGAGAGGGAGCAAGCGAGGUUACGUGCCGAGUUGGAAACGACGGCAGCGGGCAAGACUUCGUCGCCCAAGGAGCAUCCCAAGGAUGCACAGAUCACGACGCCACCCAGAGCCGAGUUGAUUCCGAUCGGUCCUGGACGAGAAUACAUCGAAUUGCCUCUAGCGGGAGGGGGAAAACGUCGUUCCUACCCACCGCGACCGCUGAUCGGUUCGGCCCUCGACAUGGACGUCGUCAUGGACCAUUGCGACUUUUCGACACGGCAAUACGUACGCGACUGUCUCGAGGUGUUGAGGAUCAACGGAGGGUUGGAGACACCGCUGAGGAGGGGGGACAUGUCGGCGUGGCGAACGACGUUCCUCUCGCUCGCCCCUUCACUCGCGAGUUCGACGGGAUCGACGAGGUUGGCUAGGGAGGUCGUCGAGAGGCAUCGAGCGGACAUGACGGCCUUGCUCAGCUCUGCGGCAUCGGCUUUCGAAGCGGCUUUGGCGAGUCGACAACAGCUGACGUUGACGGCGGCAUCGGCCCAAGCCUCACCGGCGCAGGACGAUCCCGAUUUUGUUCGCGUCGCUCGAAAACGUCACUCUUCUCACCCUACCGCCGAUCCAGCGUGCGACCCUGACUACCCGCAUCUGUUCCACAUCUUCUGGGCCGGCCCCUUCACGGACAAGCCUUACUCAGCCGCCCUGUCGUUCCUCUACACUCAACACCUCGGCCUCGAUCGCAAGAUGGGCUUGAAACCCGAGCCCAACGUCUGUCGUCCCCAACUCUGGAUCUGGAUCAACCCCGGCGCAGCCUCGAGUCUCCCCGACCAACACGCCGUUUCCAAAAUGAGGAAGGAUCUCGCCAACAACCCUUGGUCCGCGCCGUUGUUGCACCCUCGUUUCGGCGACGUCGUCAAGUUCAGGUUGUGGAAUACGACCGAGCAAUUGGAUGGGGUUGAGGAAAUGAAAGGGUGGAGGGAGAUGGGCCUGUUCAAUUCAGGUGGGGUCAAGUACGGCGCCAAUCCUCUGGCCAAAGCGGGGGACAAGGUCAAUGGUGAGGAGAAGAAGAGGUCGAAUGCCGAUGGGAGUGGGGAUGCUCAACUCGUCGUUGACGAUAGGGAGGACAAGGUGCUGGAAGCGGAGAAGGAGGUCGUCGAUGCCGCCGCUCCUGAUGCUGAUCCCAAUGUUGUUCAAGCCGAGGCCAAAUUGGCCGAAGCGAGGGAACUUGAGGCCAACUCGACAAUGGUGGGGACUUCGACUGGGGAUGCGACGCAAGCUUCAAGUCCAACAUCGUCGACGAGUAAGGACGAAUUGUUCGAAAGGGUCGGAUCGACUAGUCACAAGUAUGAUCGAUUGACCGUCGUCCUUUCCGAUAUGGCGCGUUUCGUCCUGACCCACCGCUUCGGAGGCGUCUACCUCGACGCCGAUACGAUCCUCUUGCGCGAUUGGGAAGAGUUGUUCAACUGGCACGGCGCGUUCGCGUACCGAUGGUCGAGGUUGGAAAAGUACAAUACCGCCGUACUCAAGAUGCAAAGAGGUUCGGCGUUGGGCAAUUUCUUGUUUAGGACCGCGGUUGCGAACGAUUUGGAUUUCCAUCCCAUGACCAUCAGUCGGUAUACCAAGGAUGCGGGAGUCGAAGGUUUGUUGUUGAGGUUGCCUGAUGCGUUGUUCGAUCCGGCUUGGUUGAACACGUGAGUGCGAUGUAGUCCCUGGGUACAUGACCGUGAUUUGGAAACUGACGCGAAAGUACCGUCUCGACCCCCCACACAGCGAAUACUACCAACGAGACCGCCCCGCGUUCCCUUACUUCCAACGCUUUGAAGACUUUUUCGACACCCCCGCUGAAACGAACGCCGCUCCCAACGCGCUCGGGUUCGACGGUUUCUUCAAGGGCGCCUUCUCGUACCACUUCCACAACUUCUGGUGGAUCCCGUUCGAUGCGGCGAGGAAUUGGCCUGAUUUGGGGGAGAGGUUCGUCAAGGGUGAGAGGAUCGCGAGGGGACGAGUGAGAAAAGCCCAACUGGAGAGCUUGGAGGAGGCUUCCGAAGAGGGUGAGGGUGGGGACAGUGGCAAAGGGAGAAAGAAGGGGGAGGAGAAGCAAGCGAUCCCCAUUCCGAAAUGGGGUGACGACGAGAAGGAUUUCGAGAGCAUGGAAUGGGCCGAUGAGGAUGUUGAGGAGGAUGCGAAGGACUUGAGUUGGAGCGCGGUGUUGAAGAGGACGUUCGAGGCUUUUAUUCGGGGAGAGACACCAAAUAUGUAUGGCGAGUGGUUGAACUGGGAUCAUGAACUCGAUGAGGGGGAUUCGGUCGGGCCGGAUGAGGCGGACGAAUGA